GACUGACUCGAACUAAAUAAUGAAAAACACAGCUAUGAACACCAGUGAAUACUCAAUUGGGAUGAUGUGUUUUUUUUCGCAUUUUCUUAGUGUGCCGUUCAAAAUUCCGCGGCACACUUAGGAAGAUCUCGCGGUACACCUGUGUACCAGGGGACACUGGUGGAGAAUCGCUGUUCUAGAGAGUUGAUUAUGGGCUUUUCCAGUGAAUAAAUGUUUUAUGUAUAAAACAUUUGAAGCCAAGAUUUAGCUCUUAUAUAAUCGGGAUGUUCGAUUAUCAGUCCGGAACGUUCCGAAAUGAGAAAAUUACUAUUGAGUUGGGCGGUAUUCAGUCCUGUCACGGUUCUGUCAGACCCCACAAGGGAGUUGGUGUGAGUAGAAUCGUGACGUAAUUAUAAACAACGAAUAUGUUUCAGCUGUCAUGCUUGGUUGGGAUAUUAUCUUAUGCAUUCGACGCAUGCGUUUUUGCGCGAAAUCUCCCUUUUACUCGAUUGUCCCUAUUUGGGGAAUUCAAAUAAUUCAAUUCCGGAACGUUCAAUCGAGUAUCCCCAAUGUAUCUUUAAUAUCUAAAUAAAUAUCAUCAUAACAAUGACUUUUCUAUUCUUCUGUUCCAUAAUAAAGUGGUGUCGUGUGAUUGUUUUGAACAAGCGAUUGAUGGUGGAUGGAGUGUUUGGACAAACAGUUCAUGUUCUGUUUCAUGUGGCGAAGGAAUUAUGGACAGAAACAGGCAAUGCAACAAUCCUACACCAGCUAAUGGUGGAGCUAGUUGUAAUGGUAGUUUUACAGAAACUAUGAACUGUACUCAACCAUCCUGUUUGGCUGCCAGUAGUCAUCGUUUUGCUUCAUACAGUAAAUCUGAUGUCGUCAUCAAUACUUGUGAUCCUAGUACAUUUCUAGAAACCAUUUUUGUUUCACGGAAAAUGGAUUGUGCCCAAGCCUGUACAGAGAAUAUAAGCUGUAAAAGAUAUUUCUAUUGUAAGCUGGAUUCAUCCUGUAGAUUAUAUCAAGAUGGUAAAGAUUGUGCUAUGUCUGGUGAUACAACUGGUUGUUCCUGUUACAUAAAGAAUAUAGGAUGUGAGAACUCCGGUUGUACUUGUCCUUUAGGUUACUAUGGAGACCGUUGUCAAGAUACCAUCACAGACUGUACAGAAGGUUUCCAGAAAGGCUUAAAUUCAACUAACGAUGUAUUGACUAACAUAAAACCAGUUACAUCUCCUAAUUCUUUCGAGGUACUGUGUACAUUUGUCGAUGGUGGCUGGACAGGAAUACUCAAUCGUAAUAAGUACUGUUCAAGCGAGAACUUUAAUAGAACACUGGCAGAAUAUGAAGAGGGUUUCGGUAAUGUUGCUUCUAACAAAUGGUUAGGUUUGCAAAAUGUUCUGUAUCUACUUGAUAAUCCUAAUAGUACCUACACACUUGGUGUUCACCUGUACAAAUCUAAUGCUUCAAUGUGCAUCAGUAAUUACUACAACUUUACCAUUGGUAAUAAAUCAACAUCUUAUAAACUUGAUAUCGGCGGCUACACUGAUGUUGAGAUACCAUGUGGUGAUAGUUUGACUGGUUUUAUCAACUUGAACAACAAUCCUUUCUCUACGUAUGAUGCUGAUGAUACUGGAGACUUGGAGUGUCCCAAGAGAUUUGGAGGUGGAUGGUGGUAUGGUAGUCAUUUCGGUUGCACCAGUGGCUUUUUAACGGGAACAAUGGAUGGUUCUGGAAUCGACAAUUAUUGGAAUGAAAACAUGUCCGACGUUUCAUUGACCCAGAUAUAUUUAAAAUUGCUAAGAAAUUGAUUAUACAGAUGUACAUAAAAUGAAAUGGGGUUUUAAUGUCCUACUUUUCGGCAUCACAGCACAAUACAUGUAAAGGACUACUACAUAGCCUACUGUAUAUAUGACCCUAACCCCGUUUUACUCGUGGGUGGAUGACCGAACGGUUAACGCGUGCGCGUUGUAUCAUAAGGUCUGUUAUUGAGUCAGCUGGUGUGGUCUCGAUUCCCCGGUUGUAUGUGACAAGGAGUAGGGUCGCCUGUCCCACCUCGUGGGUUUUCUCUGGGUCCCCCGGUUUUCCCCGGCUGCUAAAGACCUCCACGCGCUAGCGAAUUAUUGAAAUAAAAUUGAACCAUAUGUUAGUCCCGAAAUGACCUUGUUUGUGUCGAGUGGAUGUUAAACCUCAUUUCUAUCUCUUUCUCGUUUUACUUGGUGUAUACUUUAAUUAAUCCCUGA